ACUCCAUUUGGUUUGGGUUAUUAUAGGAUUCGAUUGGAUUGGAUUAGAUUUCGAUUGGAUUGUGAUCACAAAGCACCCACUUUUACGUUUCGCGCCGGCGGCUGGAGCUCAACCGCUGCCGGACAAGGGCGGUGGCUGGAGCUCAACCGCGGCCGGACAAGAGCGGCGGCAGCUGAAACAGCACGGGGUCACACGGAAACCGAGCGAAUCAUUGGCCAUCCAUCCAUCCCGCGCGCGCGGCGGAUUAGACAAACGGCUGAAAAGGCCACGACCCGGACGGGGCUCUUCUGGCUCCCCACCAACACUGCACUGCACCGCAACGUUGAGUGCUCAGACCUCGCCCACAACGCAACGAAAAGCGAAAAGACACAUCGAGCUGAUAAAAGGCGCAGGGGGAGCGCGUGAGCCAUGAAGCUCUGCCCCAGCCGCGGCAGCAAUAAUACCCCACCCUGACCCGGCCGCGCCUCGUGGGCUGCCCUGCCGUUGCGGUAGCAGUAAGCGUUGCUCUGUCCAGGACCAGUUCAGUGGUGAGUGGUGAGCUCGCUCGCUAGCUUGUCAAUGCCCGUCGGCGGCGGCGAUGGGAAAGAAGGGCGGCACGUCGUGGCUCACUGCCGUCAAGCGGGCCUUCCGCUCGCCCUCUAAGGAGGACAGCCCCGGCAGGAAGGCCUCCCGCCUUGACCCCGACUCCGACGAGGACAAGGGAAAGAGGGAGCGGAGGAGAUGGCUGUUCCGGAGGUCCUCGUCCCCGUCGCCGGCUCCUGCUCCCGUGGUGCUGGAGCAUCCGCAACCGCAGCCGGCGGCGAGGCCCGCGGCUCCGCCGGCCGUGACGGAGGAGCAGCGCCACGCCAUCGCGCUGGCCGUGGCGACAGCGGCGACGGCCGAGGCCGCGGUGGCCACGGCGCAGGCGGCGGCCGAGGUGGUCCGCCUCACGCGCCCCAACUCCGGGUUCGUGCGCGAGCACUACGCCGCCGUCGUAAUCCAGACCGCAUUCCGGGGAUACCUGGCGAGGCGGGCGCUGCGCGCGCUCAAGGGGCUCGUGAAGCUGCAGGCUCUGGUGCGCGGGCACAACGUGCGGAAGCAGGCCAACAUGACGCUGCGGUGCAUGCAGGCGCUGGUGCGCGUCCAGGCCCGCAUGCGCGACCAGCGGAUGCGCCUCUCGCAGGACUCCAUGUCCAUGUCCAUGUCCGCGGCCGCGGCCGCUGCGCCCUGCGGCAGCAGCAAGUCCUCCUACAGCGUUGACACCUCCAACUUCUGGGACUCCAAGUACACACACGACUACGCCGACCGCCGCUCCGUCGAACGGUCACGUGACGGCAGCAGCUUCGCCGCCGACGACUGGGAUGACCGGCCGCGAACGAUAGAGGAGAUCCAGGCGAUGCUGCAGACCAGGAAAGACGCCGCGCUUAAGCGUGAGAGAGCGCUCUCCUACGCCUUCUCGCAUCAAAUUUGGAGGAACCCGACGCCGUCGGUGGAGGAGAUGGACGUGGACGGGCAGCCGCGGUGGGCGGAGCGGUGGAUGGCGUCGCGCGCGUCGUUCGACACCAACAGGAGCAGCAUCCGUGGCGCCGCCGCCGCCGCAGCGGCACCGGGGCGCGCGUCCAUGGACCACCGCGAGCCGGUGAAGACGCUGGAGAUCGACACCGCGCGGCCCUUCUCCUACUCCACGCGCCGUCCGCAGGGGCCGUCGUCCUCGCCGAUGCACCGGGCGCACUCCCACCACCAUUACCAGCACUCCCCGGUCACGCCGUCGCCGGGGAAGGCGCGCCCCCCGAUCCAAGUCCGCUCCGCGAGCCCGCGCGUCGAACGCGGCAGUGGGGGAGGAAGCUACACGCCGAGCCUUCACUCCCAGCGUCACGCGUCGUCGGCCGCAGUGCCAAACUACAUGGCGGCGACGGAGUCGGCCAAGGCGCGCGUGCGGUCCCAGAGCGCGCCGCGGCAGCGCGCGGCCACCCCGGAGCGAGACCGCCCCGCGUUCGGCCCCGGUUGUGGCGGCGCGGGCGCCAAGAAGCGGCUGUCGUUCCCGGUCCCUCUGGACCCGUACGGCGGCGGGUACGCGCAGAGCCUGCGGAGCCCGAGCUUCAAGAGCGCGGCGGGGCGGUUCUCGUCGGAGCAGCGGUCCACCGUGUCGUCAUCGUGCGCGGAGAGCCUCGGCGGGGACGUGGUGUCGCCGUCGUCCACCACCGACCUCCGCCAGUGGCUCCGCUGAUCCGCCGCCCCCCGGCGGCGAGGUGUUCACCCGUUGUAAUGCCUUGUCAGUGACGACCACGUGUACUCUCUCUCCCCUUCCUUGGUUGUAAUUCAUGGCAGCUUUUUUGCGUCAGUGGUGUGUGGUUGUGAUGGGGCCUACGUGUCAGAGGCAGCCGCAGGCUGGACUGGAACUGGAAAGCGGUAGGCGGUUCGUUUGGGAAAGCGGGAAAGGCUGUCGAGCGAAGGAAUCCUUUGCGCGCGUCGGGGAGCGGUGGCGCCUUUUGCCUUUCCCCGUCUUCUAGAUCAGAGCCUGUCUCAGCAUGCGAGUUUGAGCCAGGGCCGUACCAGCGCUGGCUUCCAUCAUCCAGCACGGCAUGGCAGGUGCGACGUGAGAGGUCUAGUCCCAGUGAGAUCUUGGGCUCCUUCAACUGAACAAACCUGGCUCCUUCAACUACAAGUAGAUGGAUGGAAGGUGGCGGGCAGCUCUGUAAUGGCGGUGCCCUGCCGGCUGCCGACGCCGCACAUGCAGGUACUCGCAUGUGAUUAGAGCUG